ACGUCUUCCAAGUUAGCAGUCUGUCUCUCCUUUUAUUGGCGUUUGUAAAAUUUCUUCUUUUUAAAAUUUUUAUAUUUUAGAGACAGGGUCUCGCUCUGUCACCAAGGCUGGAGUGCAGUGGUGCAAUCACAGCUUACCACAGCCUCUAACUCCGGGGCUCAGGGCAUCCUCCCAAAGUGCUGAGAUUGCAGGCAUGAGCCACCAGGCUCAGCCUAUUUCCUUUAUGUUGUACUUAGUCCCAGAUAAAAAGUGACCUUAGAUCAGUCCUUUCCUCUUUCGUUGGGGAGAGGGUGGCUUAGAUUCCAGUACGGUGAAACAGAAGAAUGGACUCUGUGCUAUGUGACAAAUAUAUGUAGGUAAAUGUGUGUUACACACACAUAGAUUAUAUAUAUGAAUAUAUUUUCAUUUUCAUAUUUUGCAAGGAGGGUAGCUAAUGCUCUGGACCCCCAGUUCUUUCUGUACCUCUGAGACCCGGAACCUUCGCUCAACUCUCAGGCUGUCCGGGGAAGUUUUAGGUGGUGAUACCGAGCUACACCCAACAAAUAUAAGAGAUCGAGGCUAUGGGACUGAAGAGAGGCAGUCGCGGUUGGGAACUGAGGUGGGUGCAGGGCUUGAGCUGACCUGGCGAGGGUGGAGUUGGUGCGGGUCCCACGCCGCGGUGGGGACCGAACUGUAGGCAGGAGGGAGGAGCGGCGCCGAGGGGGCGGGACGGCGGGCUCGCGGAGGAGGCCCGCGGUUGGCCCCAACUGCCCCGGGCUGCAAGCCUGCGCCCGCCUCCUUCGUUUGCCGCUGCCUCUUUCCGGCUGUUGGCCGCACUUCGUUUCUCGGGGCUUGUCUCCGUGUCCUCCGUCUCUGCUGUUUCUCUGGGUCUGUCUUCCUGUGUCUCCGUCUCCUCAGCCUUGGGGCCAGUGCCUCGCCCGGGCUUCGGCGAAUGAGACCUGGGGACCUGCCCCCAAGUCCCAUGGAAGAGCCCCCGGCGCCCAGCUCUGCCCCGACAGAGACGGAGGAGCCGGGGUCCAGUGCAGAGGUAAUGGAAGAAGUGACAACAUGCUCCUUCAACAGCCCUCUGUUCCAGCAGGAAGAUGACGGAGGAAUUACCUACCGGAUCCCAGCCCUGCUCUACAUACCCACCACCCACACCUUCCUGGCCUUUGCAGAGAAGCGUUCCACGAGCAGGGAUGAGGAUGCUCUCCACCUGGUGCUGAGGCGAGGGUUGAGGAUUGGGCACUUGGUACAGUGGGGGCCCUUGAAGCCACUGAUGGAAGCCACACUACCUGGGCAUCGGACCAUGAACCCCUGUCCUAUAUGGGAGCGGAAGAGUGGUUGUGUGUUCCUGUUCUUCAUCUGUGUGCGGGGCCAUGUCACGGAGCGUCAGCAGAUUGUGUCAGGCAGGAAUGCUGCCCGUCUUUGUUUCAUCUGCAGUCAGGAUGCUGGAUGUUCAUGGAGUGAGGUGAGGGACUUGACUGAAGAGGUCAUUGGCCCAGAGCUGAAGCACUGGGCUACAUUUGCUGUGGGCCCGGGUCAUGGCAUCCAGCUGCAAUCAGGGAGACUGGUCGUUCCUGCAUAUACCUACUACAUCCCUUCCUGGUUCUUUUGUUUCCGGUUACCAUGUAAAACCAGGCCUCAUUCUCUGAUGAUCUACAGUGAUGACCUAGGGGUCACAUGGCACCAUGGUAGACUCAUUAGGCCCAUGGUUACAGUAGAAUGCGAAGUGGCAGAGGUGACUGGGAGGGCUGGUCACCCUGUGCUAUAUUGCAGUGCUCGGACACCAAACAGGUGCCGGGCAGAGGCUCUCAGCACUGACCAUGGUGAAGGCUUUCAGAGACUGGCCCUGAGUCGACAGCUCUGUGAGCCCCCGCAUGGUUGCCAAGGCAGUGUGGUAAGUUUCCGGCCACUGGAGAUCCUGCAUAGGUGCCAGGACUCUAGUAGCAAAGAUGCAUCCACCAUUCAGCAGAGCUCUCCAGGCAGUUCACUGAGGCUGGAGGAGGAAGCUGGAACACCAUCAGAAUCAUGGCUCUUGUACUCACAUCCAACAAAUAGGAAACGGAGGGUUGACCUAGGUAUUUACCUCAACCAGACCCCCUUGGAGGCUGCCUGCUGGUCUCGCCCCUGGAUCUUGCACUGUGGGCCCUGUGGCUACUCUGAUCUGGCUGCUCUGGAGGAGGAGGGCUUGUUUGGGUGUUUAUUUGAAUGUGGGACCAAGCAAGAGUGUGAGCAGAUUGCCUUCCGCCUGUUUACACACCGGGAGAUCCUGAGCCACCUGCAGGGGGACUGCACCAGCCUUGGUAGGAACCUGAGCCAAUUCAAGAGCAAUUAAUUGACUCAGGACUCAAUUUCCAUAGAUAGAAAUGGUAGUUACAGCCAGGUUAACAGAAGCUACUGAAGUCUACAGAGAAUCAAAAAACUUAAUAUUCUGUUCCCUACCUUUUUUCUCUUCUCCCCCUCCAAAGAGCAAAAUGAAAAAUUUGCCUUAGUUACUGCAGUGGCAAGGGCACUGAACAAGGAGUUGGAAGACAAGAAUGUGGUCCUGGCUCUGCCACUGGCUUGCUUUUGGACCUUGGAUGUGUCACCUGAAUUCUCUGGGCCUCAGGUUCCCAUCUGUAAAAUGAGAAUAUUGGUUCUAAGAUUUCUCAUCUUCCCAUCCCUAGGAGAAGCAGAAUGCCUACAUGCUUCAUGAUCAGUAAGUCCUGGCUGCAUAAAGGACUCUGAUGCCAAAAUGGAAAUCAGAGGACUUAUCUUUUCACAUGAAUCACCCCUCAUCCAAGUGUGAGGUUACAAGCAGGUGUCAUGGCAGGAAGGAAGAUCAGAUCUGUAUGAUUUGUUCCAUUUUUAAUAAGAAAAAUAUCCACACCCUUCUAAUCAUGCUCAGAGCUCUGUAGGCUCUCUGUCCUAGAGGAUUUGAGCAAAACAGAAGAAUCAUGAAAUCUCCUACCUCAUGAAAAACUACAGCUUUGUAGUUCUGCUUACCUUCUCUUCCUCAUCCAGAAAGUAUCAUUUUCUAGGGAGAGCAAUUAGAAGUUCAAUGCCAGUAGUACUGGAUAAUAGUGUGUAUUGCUUCUGGUGGUAUUACCUUGGUGAAGGAUGGGCUGAAGUUCAGAAUUCAGUCAGGGCCUCCCUUAUUAGGAUGGUUCCUGAUGGGGAAGGACAUGGAUUAGAACUUUAAAACAAUGGACAGAAUUUCCCACAGUCUCUGCCCUCGAGGAGUUUACCAGUUUAUGGGGCUAGAAGGGGGAGAAAUUUCAAGAAAAUAAAUGUAGUUUUUGGGAGGGUUUGUAGAUGUUGGGCUAUACCUUGGGGUGAUGGUAGCUGCUGAUGUAAUUUUUUUAGUUGCAUCUUCAGUGCUCCUGGAAUCAUCUGUCCAAGGCUUGUUCAGGCUUCUGGAUUUCCCUUAAGUUGGUUUUUCUCAGGAUAUUGUCCUGGCCCCAGCUACUCCUUUACCUGUGAGAAGAUUUUCACCAUUAGGAAGAUCUCUGGACCCCCAAACCUCAGAAUUAGGCCUGUUUAUGUGGACCCACGGAAAUCACUACUUGUGAAGUAGGGAUGGCUUUUUGUCUAAUGGUUUUCGUGCUGAAGUUAAUCCAUGCUGAGUCUCUCAGAUGCCACAUUGGUUGUGCCUAUCUUAGAUUGUUUCCCCAUAGCCCGUUAUUGUGACAGAAAUUCUGUUGUGAGAGAUUUAUUUUUUGGCCCUAUUUUAGAAAGCUAAUGCUUAAACUGGUAUCAACUAAAUAUAUUUGGUGUUGUAUAAUGACCAUGGAAAACAAGUCUUAGUCAUGAAAUAAUAGCCUAGGAGGCUAGGGGUUAUAGUUGCACUAGUUGGGUAGAGAAAAUCCUGCAGGAUAAAAGUGGAGAUUAACUUUACCUACUUUAGCCGAUUGCUUAAGUCAUGGCUUAGAGUGACUUAAAAAUUCCCUUCCCUUCUCCUACAUUUGACAAAGUAAUCUUCCCAGUAUACAAUAAUUUAUUCACUCAUGUAUACAUUUAUCUAAAUAUUUCUUGAGUGCCUAAUACAAGAUACUUUCUACUGCCAUUCCUUGGCUCAAAAUCAUUUGUGGGUCCCCAUUGCCUAUUAAAGGAUAUUUACAUUUAGCAUGACAGGUAGGCCCUUCCAGCUGUUGGGUGAAAUAAUGCAGAUACUUUCCUCUUCUUCCUUAUAUGAGGCCCAUUGUCAGGGAAAACCUCUUUAAAGUUGGCAAGUGGAGGAAUUGGGGAAAGGGAAAGGAUUAAAAGGGUAGCCUCCUCCUGAGUGGUAGAAACUCCUUAUUCAGCAAAGCUUUCCUGAACACUAUACUGCAAGUGGAUAGGAAUAGGGAGGAUGUCCAAGUCCUACGACCAGGGCUAAAGGAUGAAAAGAAUGAGAAUAUCGACUUCUUUAGGACUACUCAAGAAGGGAGUCAAGGCAGGGACCUUCAUCCUGUGCAGUGUGACCCAGAGAUGUCUAAUACCAGUACUCAUAAGAGGUCUAUUUCUAAAUUGCCCUUCGCUUAACUUCUUCCCCUGCCUCAUGUUUUUUCCCUUUAAUGACUAGCAUCAAAACUCUUUAACUGGGGCAGGCCUCUGGGCUAGUUCAAGAAUAGUAAGAAAAGGGGAUUGGGAACAGGGGAAGUCCAGAAUAAGGACCUGAGAGAGGAACAGAGUAGGUGAUGGCAGCUGUGAAGAAAAAGAACAGAUCAGAAGAAUCCUGACACCUUAGGAAGAGAGAGGAAGUAUCACAGACGUGAGGCCUAGGCUAGAGAGAUGGUGUAGGUGGUAGCUGCUGUGAAGAAGAAAUGACAACAGCCUGGAGCUGUUCCCUGAAACCUGUGGGAAGGAAGAGAGACCUGCACAGGCCAGCACUUAGCUUGUGGAAAAGGUUCUCAUUCAACACUGCAACUUUUAGCUGGCUUAAUUUGUCCACACUGCAGAUGACCAACAAAGACAGCUAUAGACACUCCAACUCUGUGCCAAUUACCCAAGGCCUUCAGGGUCCUGGGACCUAUUCCAUGAUUCUGGUACUCUAACCCAUUUCAGCCACCCUCAGAUUAGUAGAGUGGGAAAGAUAGGGCAGGUGGUAACAGCUGUGAAGAAAAGAGGAAAGCGGGUGCGAGGCCUAUAAUCUAUAGGCAUGUAGAGAGGACUACCUACAUAGGCUGUGGUCCUUGGCCCUCAGGAGCUCCCAUCCUGUCCCUUGGACUCUAAGAAUGGAUCCAUCCAGCACACGUGACGUAACACUGAGAGUGCAGGAAGCAUGGGUAGGGGCCUUCUGCCGACACAGCCUAGUGGCUGUGUUCAUGUUCUCACUCUUCACCUCAGGCCGUUGUCUGGGUACUUAAUUUGGACUUGUUUCCCCCAGUCACCAGUCUCCCCUCAGUUAUCCACAGGACAUGAAGCAGCUUCAGCCAUGGAUAAGAGGCUUUUCACUCUGCCUGUUGGGUAGCCCAAAGGACCCACGAAGGUCAACCUGAGGCUGCACGGCCUCCUCCCCAGGGCAGCAGGAAUUGAUAUCUCACUUUAUCCAGAUUGGGCUUCUCAUUCUUCUCCAGGAGGUCAUAAUUCGCCUCUCUAGUAGGCCAUGCAUCCGUCUCUGUGGUGCCAGAAUCCAGUCAGGGCCUCCCUUUGGUCCUUACCAUAGGCUGCCAUGUGUUAUUGUCUAUGUCGUGCCCUCUAGGCCUCUGCUUGGCUGUGAACUCAUUGACUGACUCCUCACUGUGUCCUUUUUACCUUGAAUCACAAUGGCUUAUCUAAAAAUAUAUAAUUUUUUCUAUCACAUUCUGAAUUCCCUGGAGGUAAGGACUAUAUCUGAUUCCUCUCUUUGUCCUUUGCACCCAGAAUAGGGCCUGAAACAGAGUAGCCAGGAGUAAAGAUAUGUUGAAUGAAUGAAUGAGCCAACGAUCCUUGGCCUUUGAAGCUAAUUGAGAAGGCCAGGGGGAGUUCCACUGUAGGGAGGAGAAUGUUGCAUCCGUUUGUAGAUUAUGUGGCAUUUGGAACCUGCUGAACACUUACCCUCACUGUGUAUUCUCUGUUCUGACUUGCUUCCAAGUCAGUUACAGUACUUCCUGGGGAUGGGCCUUUCUCUGGCUUGAGCUCCCUGGCUUUCCCAAAGAUCACAGCCCAAAAGGUGCAGUGGGGAAAAUUUAUGGCCUAUUGGAGAAGAGUGAGCAGCCUAAUCAAGCCAAGCCUUGAUUUGGGGUUCUCACUUCACUGGCAUUUUCCCUCUGUCCCCAGUGGAUUUUCUAUAAUUAAUACUUUUCCAGGCCUCCAUAGGAGAUGCUGAAGCUCAGUGUGUUCUGACUGUGUCUUCGCUUUGCGAUGCUGAGUGCCAGAAAUACUCUAUACCAUAAAAACUACCAUCGUUCUUUGAAACAAGGAAAAUAAAGAGCUUAAUCCUGGUGA